AUGGCAGGACAAAUAGUGUUACGUGUAGAAUCUCCAGAUGGAACAAAAAGAGUACAAGUUUCACCUACGGAAUCAAGUUAUAAUUUAUUUGAAAAAGUGUACAAUGUAUUUUCUCUUACAAAUUAUGGAUUCACAUUAUUUAAUGAUCGAAACCGUAAAAAUGAAAUUAAAUCAUCUAGAAGUGUAUACUUGAGCAGCUUAAAUCUGAAACAUGGAGAUAAGAUAUACUUGUGUCCAUUAGAUCCAGAUAACAUAUGGGCAAUUCCUGGCCCAUCAAAUGCAGAAUCUGCUAACGGAAGUCGUUCUUCGUCAGUGGUUUCUACACCAGGAUCCACUACAUCAAUCCCAUCAAAUGGAAAGAAAAGUUCAGGAUCAACAAGUCAAGUAGAAGAAGAUGAAGUGGAUAAACAACUAUGGAAAUUAGAUGGAAAAAUUAAACGUCUCAAAGACAAAAAAUAUUGCCGUCAUGGAGAUAAUGGAUGUUGUGUCCAUUGUUCACCUUUAGAACCAUACGAUGAGGAAUAUUUAAAAACACAAAAUAUGAAGCAUUUAUCUUUUCAUUCAUACCUCAGAAAAAUGACUGCUGGAGUGGCAAAAGGAAAAUUUUUACUAUUAGAAAAUAUAAGUUGUCGUAUAAAAGAAGGCUGUGCUGGACAUUUGCCAUGGCCUAAAGGUAUAUGUUCAAAAUGUCAACCAUCAGCCAUUACAUUAAACAGACAAACCUAUAGGCAUGUUGACAACAUUAUGUUCGAAAACUCAGAGUUGGUGGAACGUUUUUUGAAUUAUUGGAGGAUUACUGGACAUCAACGUAUUGGAUUUUUGUAUGGUCGAUAUGAGACACAUCCUGAUAUACCACUUGGAAUAAGAGCUAUAGUUGCAGCAAUUUAUGAACCACCUCAAGAAAGUUCAAGAGAUCAUGUUAAAUUAUUGCCUGAUGAAAGACAAGAUAUAGUUAAUGAAUUGGCCAGAUGCUUAGGGCUUUCGUGUGUUGGUUGGAUUUUUACUGAUCUUUUGACUGAAGACAUGCAAACUGGAACUGUAAAAUAUGUUAGAAACAUAAAAAGUCAUUUUCUAUCUGCUCAAGAAUGCAUAAUGGCUGGAUACUUUCAAAAUUUACAUCCAAAUCCUUGCCGUUAUGCAUCCAAUGGAUAUUUCGGUUCGAAAUUUGUUACUGUCUGUGUAACGGGAGAUGAAAAAUGCCAAGUACACAUGGAAGGCUAUAGUGUGUCUAAUCAGUGUAUGGCUUUAGUUAAAGAUGAUUGUUUGGUACCAACCAAGGAUGUACCCGAAUUGGGGUUUGUUCGAGAAUCUUCAGACAAACAAUAUGUGCCUGACGUCUACUAUAAGGUAUGA